GGGAGGGGAGGGUGCUUGUUCGUUAAGAAUCGAUGACACAGUGAUUGGGGGAGCUGGAGCUUCUUCAUCACUCGCUUAAUUUAUCGGAAUCUCGGGACGCUCGGGAACCGUCAGUGCCGCACAACUUCACUCCAGCACUCCCUCCUCGCAAUCUUCUUCUUCUUCGUUCGUCGAUGGAGUUCGACAUGUGGCGCUUCGACCUCUCUGCUUCCUCCAGGAGCCAUCGAUCUGCUCGCAAGUCUCGAUACGAUGCGGCUAUCGUCAUCGACGAGUUCGAUGGAGAGUGCGAUUUGGAGGCGUACUAUCCGUGCCCUUAUUGCUCGGACGAUUACGAUUUGCUCGAGUUGUGCCUGCAUAUAGAUGAGGAGCAUCCCGUGGAAGCUGAUUCUGGGGUAUGCCCAGUUUGUGCUACAAAGGUGGAUACUGACAUGGUUGAACACAUAACAACAAAGCAUAGUGACAUUCUGAAGUGGCAACAGAAAUUAAAUCUCCAAAAAAACGAGUCCUAUUCGUCUUUUUCGUCAUCUAGAACAGAGUUUGGAUCUGUUCCAUCUGUUGUGUCUUCCUCCAAUGGGCCACCAGAUCCAUUUUUAUCAUUUAUUUGGAAUACGCCUGCUGCAUACGAAUCUGAAAAAGGACAGUCCACUUCACCAUCUGCUUCAGAUAUUGCAGAGAGAACCCCUGAUGAAGCUUUGUCAGAAAGGGAUAUGAAUCAAUCUCCUAUGCUAGAGAAAGACAAAAUUGAGAAAGCAGGGAGAUGUGAAUUUGUACAGGGUUUGGUAAUGUCCAGCAUACUUGAUUUUGACUCAUGAGGGGGGUGCUGGGAGCGCUAUUCAGAAGCUAACGAAGUCUUGUUUCAAUUGGACGAGCUUUUGCCCCUCAAAAUGGAAGAGGUUAGCUUAGAAGUUUGCACCUGACGAAUUGGAGGAGAUUAGUAGUUUAUGUAAAGAAGCUCCUGUGUUUUUCAUGAUGCUAGAGCUUUGUAGAUAAUGGAGACACUAGGUUUCUACUUUAGCACUCUUUUGCAGUCUUCA